AUGACUGAGAGGAAGAAGGAGAGCAAACUAGAACAGAAGUUAGAGGGUGAAAAUGUGAUAAAGAGGAAGGUUCUGAACACAGACCUGCGCCACUACCUAAGCCUGCAGUUCCAGAAGGGCUCGUUGGAUCACAAGCUGCAGCAGGUCAUCCGAGACAACCUCUACCUGCGCACCAUCCCCUGCACCACGCGGCUGCCCAGAGAAAGGGAGGUACCGGGUGUGGACUACAACUUCAUCAGCGUGGGAGACUUCCGUAUCCUGGAAGGGAGUGGCCUUCUGCUGGAGAGUGGAACCUACGAUGGUAACUACUAUGGGACCCCAAAGCCCCCAGCGGAACCCACCCUGGUACAGCCUGACCUGGUGGAUCAGGUGCUGUUUGAUGAGGACUAUGACAACGAGGUCCAGCGAAAACGCACCACGUCAGUCAGCAAGAUGGACAGGAAGGACAGCGUGGUCCCUGAGGAAGAAGACGAUGAUGAGAGGCCACCUCUGGCCAACGGCCUCCCAGAGCACAAAGAAGGGGCAUCGUGGAGGAAGGCGGUGCCCAGCUACACCCAGUCCAGCAGUGCCAUGGACUUCCGUAUGUGGAGCUCUCUGCCCGGCGAUGACAGCCUGGAACCCCUGCCUCUCAACUGGGAGAUGGCCUACACCGAGACGGGCAUGGUCUACUUCAUAGAUCACAACAGCAAGACCACCACCUGGCUGGACCCCCGCCUGGCCAAGAAGGCCAAGCCCCCAGAGAAGUGUGAGGAUGGAGAGCUCCCGUAUGGCUGGGAGGAGAUAGAGGACCCACAGUAUGGAACAUAUUAUGUAGAUCACAUCAACCAGAGAACCCAGUUUGAGAACCCAGUCCUGGAGGCUAAGAGGAAGCUGAGCCAGGAGACUACUGUCUCUAUCCAGCAGGGGGCACCACCACCUCCAGGUGAGGGGGGUGCGUCAGGCUUCACCCCAGACCCGUCCCAGCUGCAGGGGGAGAUGUUCCACACUGCUCUGAGGAAAAGCUCCCAGGGCUUUGGCUUUACCAUCAUAGGGGGUGACCGCCAUGACGAGUUCCUGCAGGUGAAGAACGUCCUCAGCGACAGCCCUGCUGCCCAUGACAACAAGAUUUCCUCGGGCGAUGUGAUCGUGGAGAUCAACGGGAAAUGUGUGCUGGGGAAGACCCACCCUGAGGUGGUGCAGAUGUUCCAGUCCAUCCCAGUAAGUCAGUAUGUUGAUAUGGUGCUGUGCCGCGGCUACCCGCUGCCCCCAGACGUGGCGGAGGACACCGAGAACCCCCCUCCCCCACCUCCUCCGCCCCUGCAGGGGGGCGAGGUGGUGACUGCCGUGCCCCUCAUCAAUGGCCAGCCCCUGCUGGUGAAGGGCGACGUGCUGCACGGCUCCUCCCAGGAGCUCCACUACGUCACCACCGACGCCAGUGGACGGCCCAUGGUGGCCGCGCUGCCCAACGGGAGGCUCUCUGAGCAGGGGGGAACAGGCCUGCUGCAGCCCGAGCUGGUGAGCGUGCCCCUGGUAAAGGGCCCGGGAGGGUUUGGCUUUGCCAUCGCAGACUGUCCCCUUGGCCAGAAGGUGAAGAUGAUCCUAGACGCCCAGUGGUGCCGCGGCCUGCUUAAAGGGGACGUGAUCAAGGAGAUCAACCGUCAGAAUGUUCAGACUCUGAGCCACGCCCAGGUGGUGGACAUCCUCAAAGACCUACAGGUGGGGAGCGAGGUCAACGUGCUGGUGCUCAGAGGAGGUCAGACAUCUCCUGUGAAGAGCCUGAAACCUAGGCAGGAAAUUACAUCUAGCACAGAGACUCUGGACUGUGUCACAGACUCUGUCCCCCAGGCCCUCCCUUUCCACUCCAGCACUUCAACCCUGCGCAACAACUCCCCCAAACGAGACGCCACAGAGAUGUACCUCAAGUCCAAGGCCCUGCUGGAGAGCAAGCAGCCUCACACCAAAGACCUGGAUGUGUUCAUCAAGAGGGACCAGGAGACUGGCUUUGGCUUCCGUGUUCUGGGAGGAGAAGGUCCAGAGCAGCCAGUGUAUAUUGGUGCCAUCGUGCACCUUGGUGCAGCUGAGAAGGAUGGACGCCUGAGGGCUGGUGAUGAGCUCAUAGGCAUCGAUGGAAUCAUGGUCAAGGGCCGUUCCCACAAGCAGGUUCUGGACCUGAUGACUAACGCUGCCCGCAAUGGUCAGGUCAUGCUGACCGUGCGUCGGAAAGUCAUCUACAGAGAUAUGACUGAGGAGGAGGCAGGGCUCCACAUGGCUCCAGUGUUGGUGAACGGCUCCCCCAGACUCCCUCGUAUCCAGAUGCCCAGUGUGCUGGACCACGAGUCCUUCGACAUCACCCUCCACCGCAAGGACAGCGAGGGCUUCGGCUUCGUCAUCCUCACCUCCAAGAGCAAGCCCCCGCUAGGGGUGAUCCCUCAUAAGAUCGGACGCAUCAUCGAAGGCAGCCCCACUGACCGCUGUGGCCUGCUGAAUGUAGGCGACCGCAUCUCAGCGGUCAACGGGCGGUCCAUCGUGGGGCUGUCUCACAAUGACAUCGUUCAGCUCAUCAAGGAUGCUGGCAAUGCUGUCACCCUUACUGUGGUUCCCGAGGACGAAUACAAGGGCCCUCCCUCUGGUGCCAGCUCAGCCAAGCAGAGCCCCGCCCCUCAUCACAGAGCUAUGGGUCAGAGGUCAGCUAUGCAUGACGAGCGUUAUAACCUAGAUCUGGAGGAGGAGAAGAGGGAGGGAGUCACCUGGGCCGACUACAAAACUCUGCCUCUGAGCGAACAGGGAACAAUGUGUGUUACAGGCCCCAGACAGGCAAGGCUCAUACCAUUAUUACUGUGCUUGUGUGUGUGUUCAUAUGCGUGCGUGUGUGUGAGUGCAUGUGCUUACGUGCAUGUGAGUGUCUGUGUUUGCAUGCUUGCGUGUGUGUGUACAUAUGUGUGUGUGUACGCAUGCGCCACGCAGGGCUGUAUCACGGUGGAGCUGGACCGGGGGUCCCGGGGUUUUGGCUUCAGUCUGAGGGGAGGGACAGAGUACAACAUGGGCCUGUACAUCCUGAGACUGGCUGAGGAGGGGCCUGCUCUGCUGGACAGCAGGAUCCAUGUGGGGGAUCAGGUAGUGGAGAUCAAUGGAGAGCCGACCCAGGGGAUCACCCAUACCCGCGCCAUUGAGCUGAUCCAGGCUGGAGGCAGCAAAGUGCUGCUCCUGUUAAGGCCAGGGCAGGGUCUGGUACAAGACAACAGUAAAUUGGAUUCAACUGUCACUUCAUCCACAAGCUUUCCUAGAGAGGCGCUUGUCUCAGAGACAUCCCCUCUCGCUUCUCCAUUCUCCACCUGCACCUUCACCUCAGGUUCCUCCUCUUUCACCAGUGAGACCCCUGACUGGAACUCCCUGUCCCACCGAACGCUCCACCCCCAGUGCAGCAGGGGCACUGGCUCAGUAGAGUGGAAUGGAGAGUGGGCAGACAGGCAGGCUGACAGGCUCUCUCCCAUCACCCCUGAGCAGAUCAACCUCUAUAAGGUCAAACCAGGUCAUACCAGGUCUAAAGACCCCAAGGAGCCCAGCAGCCCAAAGAAAACAGGUGAAACAUUCUCUAAAGCCAAAGAGCACUCACAGAGUCCCAAAAAGUCUGAGAGGAAGGGACAGGAAGCAGAGCCAAGCAAGAACAGGAAGUCCCACUGCCAGAAAGGAAGUUGGUCACCCAGCCCCAAGAAGUCUUCUCGAAAAAGACAGGAAGCCUCGAGCCAGCUGCAUGUAAAAAAACAGCAGGUACAGCAGAGCACAUCAAAGGAGCUUUCCAGCAAGGAGCCCUUUGAUGAAAACAAAAACAGCAAAAGGGGAGAUUCAAAGGGCAGGAAAAGCACACAGGAGAGAGAAGGGAUAACGGGAAAGACCAAGGCUGCCCAUGGCCAGGUCAUUAUUGAAAAGAAAGUGGGGACAGAGGCAGGACAUCACAUGCCAACCCCUAUGGAGACAGGGGCAUGGAGAGAUAUUCGGAAAGUUACUCUAGAGAAGAGUAAACCUCAAGAUGGAGAAAAGGAAAAACGCAAAGAGCAGACAAGCAAAAAAUACAUAGGGGCUUCCUUAAAAGAGGGAAAGACUAGAAAAUAUUAUGAGGCCUCUACAACAGAGGAAAAGAGUAUAAAACACACACAGGCCUCUCCAAAUGCCAUUCAGCAGGAUACUCUGAACCAAAAGGGUCUGAUUAGCCCGUGCCCCUGGAAAGUCCCCAGCUCAGCCAGAAUCCUCUCCCAGGCUGAGGUGCUGCGUAAUCCCCCUUACUGAUACAGUAUGGACAACACUGUGUGGACACAUAAUACACAGACUUGAGCUGUACCACAACAUGCUGUAUAUUGUUGGUCUGUUUCUUUCUCCAAUGAGAGGGAUGGACGAGGAAUGGCAGGCAACCUUAUUGGCCAUGUGUCAUGUCCAUCUGUGUCCGUGAAGAGGACUUUUUUAAGCUCUUUUGGCCUUUGACAUAAGGAAUGGCGUGUAAAGCCAACACUCAUCUCUCUUCCCGCCUCGUGUGCUGCUUCAGACAAAUCUGAUCUGGGCCAUACGCAUGUUUGGAAUGUUUAGGGCAUAUUCUUGGACAUCUUGUGGAAUGAAAACUAGCCAUACUUCACCCAUUAUAAUGCAAUUAUUAUCCCAUAUGCAACCAAGCAGAAAGGUCUUUAACACACACAAAGUUAAGCUGUCAGUAAAGGUUUUAUUUUCAUGUUGGGUAUCUACAGCAAGCAACUUGGGAUUGGCCUUUUCACAUGGCACUCUUUUCCCAAGGGAUUUGCUCAACUGCAUGCAGUCCGUACGUUUCUUUUAUUGCACGCCUUUACCACUCCACUGAGUAUGAUCCUUUCACCUGAUGUGAAAAUACUGAUGCCGAAGUUCUGACCUUAACACCAUGUAGAGAUUUCAGACUUUAUUCAGAAAGCAUUAGCUUUACGAAGGAUUCUAGACUGUUCUAAGACAAUAGACAUGAUUCGUGAAUACAAAAUAUAUCAUUACAAAAGACCAGAAACUUGUGGUUUGAGAUAUUGUUUACCAUGUGUAUGAUAACCUAUGUGUAAUUUAUUGAAAUUAUAGAUUAAUAUAGAUAUACAGUACCAGUCGAAAGUUUGGACACACUUACUCAUUCAAGGGUAUUUCUCUA